AUGGCAAUUACAGAGCUGCCCCAUCAAGAGCACUCCUGGUUCCUGAAAAGCAUCUCCCAUGAAGCAUGUCACAGCACCAGUGCUGUAGCUGGGUGUUGCGGCAUCAUGACAUCACAUAACAAUCACUUCUUCAGUAUCUCGCUGGUGAUUUCUGGAUAUUCCUCUCAUGAGGAUGAUGUGCACAGAUUAAUUUCAACUACUACCCUGCUGAUGAUGUCUGGAUAUACCUCUUAUGAGGAUGAUAUGCACAGAAUAAACCUCAUCUAUAAUCCAGUUUUAUCUGUACCAGGUGAUGUCAAUCUCAAAGGUUUUAAAAGCCCAGACUCAUCUGACCUUGCUCCAACUAUCAGCACCAUGGGUACCUCUAAGCAGUUGUGUAGAACACUGAAACUGAGAAUAGUUGACGCUCACAAAGCAGGAGAAGGCUAUAAGAAAAUAGCAAAGCGUUAUCAGAUGCCCAUAUCCUUUGUUCGGAAAGUCCGCUCCACACACCCAGAAUGUGCUGUUGUUCUUCAGGUUCUAGAGCAGGAGGCUGAAUGUUACAAGAAAAUGAGAUCAGAUAAUGAGUCAAUACUCAGCUCUUCCAGUGGAGGAUGUGUGACUGAUUGGGAUGGUGUUAAUUGUUGGUUGGCAGCACCUUUAGGACAGAUAGUGACUGUUUACUGUCCAGAAAGCCUUCAGAUGUAUCUGCAUACAAAAGUUGCCAUCAGCAGGAAUUGCACGGAAAAUGGAUGGAGCUCUCACUCCCCCCCAUAUCUGAAGGCCUGCUUCUUAAACAAUAGCAGUGAGAUGGAAAACAAGAGGGGAGAGUUUAACACAGUAAAGAUUUUAUACACAUGUGGAUAUGCCUCAUCCUUGCUAGCUCUUGUCACAGCCAUAGGCAUCUUCUCUCUCUUCAGGAAUCUCCACUGUGCCAGAAAUUUCAUACAUAUGAACUUAUUUGUGUCUUUCAUCAUACGUGGUGCAGCCGUGUUCAUUAAAGAUGCUGUUCUGUUUGCCGAUGAGGAUGUUGACCAUUGUACUAUGUCUACGACGAGCUGUAAGGCAGCAGUGGCUUUUUUCCAAUACUCUGUCCUUGCUAACUUCUCAUGGCUGCUGGUGGAGGGAAUGUAUCUACACACACUGCUCACCCUGACAUUUACCUCACAAAGAAGAUAUUUUUGGUGGUAUAUAGUCAUUGGUUGGGGUGUUCCAGCAAUUACAAUUACAGUUUGGAUUAAAACAAGAAUCAGCUUUGAUGAUAAAGGAUGCUGGGAUGAUUAUGAAAACAUUUACUGGUGGAUUAUCAAGACCCCAAUCCUAGUCGCAAUAUUUCUAAAUUUAAUCAUAUUUCUAAAUGUGAUCAGAAUUCUUGUGCAGAAAAUACGAUGUCCCGAUAUCAGUAAAAACUACAAACAACAAUACCUGAGACUAGCAAAGUCCACUCUUCUCCUGAUCCCUUUGUUUGGAAUUCAUUACGUUGUCUUUGCUUUGUUUCCUGAACAUAUCGGUGUCUGGGCCAGAUUGUACUUUGAACUUGUUCUUGGAUCAAACCAGGGGUUCAUUGUGGCUUUGCUGUACUGCUUCCUCAAUGGAGAGGUACAGGCGGAGAUCCAGCGGCACUGGGGCAAGUGGCAAAGGUCAUUGGAGAGCAAUGUCUUCAACCUGGUGACACAGGACUUCACUGCAUGAUUUGCUAGACACAUGCAACCAAAUUAUUGUGGUGGCUGUAGAACAUGACCAUGCAAAUUAAAAAUGGCUGCUAAUUUCAACCUGUAUCUCUAACAGCCAGUCUAACAGAAAAAAAUAUAUGAGCAUUUCCUAAAGCAUAAUAUCAUAGGCACAAGCAAAGAACUACUCACCAGAGGAGGAAGGCAAUGUCGCCAGAUGAAUCAUCUUUCACCCUAUUCUUGGCAGUAACAUAAAGACUCUAUUGUUAACUUGACAUCUGU